CGAAUAAAUGACGCCGAAACCCCCACUUCCUGAGCGGUUUCCUCUUUCUUCUUACCCGCAGCCAAACACCAUCAAAUCCGUUGGUGAACCUCUCCGGUGAAAGGAAAACUGAGAGUGAAAUGAGUUUGUAGACAGUCAGGGGAAUCGGUGCAUCUAUUUUUGGGAAAAACACUCAAGUGAACAUUUGGAAGGUUAUUUAAACUGGGGAUUUUCCUCUUCCUUUUAUUUCAAGACAAACUUCAAUGAAUGUAAAAUUUGACCGAAGCAUCUAACAACGAGAACCAAAAAGAUGAGCAGGAAAAAGAAUAGGAGAAGAGCUAGAAGCGAGGCAGAGAAAAAGGUUGAGCAACAAAGUGUGAAUGAGGAUAAUACAAUUUUGGAAACUUAUAGCAAAAAACAAAGCCCUUCUGAUGUUAAUACUACUGUGGAUACUCUGAUGCAAGCAGAUUCAGCUGACCUCUUGCCGUUUCCAGAGCAUCAGUCUAGCUUUCAAAAUGCUCUUCCUGAGGUAGAAUCAGCUGCAAAAUUUCCUUCUACAGAGCCUAUGGACUUGGACCUAAAUCCAAUCGAAAAUCAUUUGGAAAACAAUGUGGAUGGGAAAAAGAAGAGGAAGAAGAAGAAAAAUAAAAAGAAUUGUACUGCAGCCAUGACUAAUCUACAGGUUACUUUUCCCAAUGCAGAGCAAACUGUACAAUUGCCAGCUCAAGAGCCCCUACAGGUUACUUUUCCCAAUGCAGAGUCAGCUGUACAAAUGCCAGCUCAAGAGCUUCAAGGGCUAGAUAUGAAUUUGGCCAAUAUCCUUGAGGUAAAGAGUGGAAAUAGAAAACAGAAGAAGAGGAAGGAAAAGAAUCUAAAUAAACCCACAAGCAAUGUUCUUGAUGUAGAUUCAACUGCCAAACUACUGGCACCAAAGAAUCAAGAUAGAGAUAUAAAUCUACAGGUCACUCUUCCCAAUGCAGAGUCAGCUGUACAAUUGCCAGCUCAAGAGCUUCAAGGGCUAGAUAUGAAUUUGGCCAAUAUCCUUGAGGUAAAGAGUGGAAAUAGAAAACAGAAGAAGAGGAAGGAAAAGAAUCUAAAUAAACCCACAAGCAAUGUUCUUGAUGUAGAUUCAACUGCCAAACUACUGGCACCAAAGAAUCAAGAUAGAGAUAUAAAUCUACAGGUCACUCUUCCCAAUGCAGAGUCAGCUGUACAAUUGCCAGCUCAAGAGCUUCAAGGGCUAGAUAUGAAUUUGGCCAAUAUCCUUGAGGUAAAGAGUGGAAAUAGAAAACAGAAGAAGAGGAAGGAAAAGAAUCUAAAUAAACCCACAAGCAAUGUUCUUGAUGUAGAUUCAACUGCCAAACUACUGGCACCAAAGAAUCAAGAUAGAGAUAUAAAUAUGACCAAAAUAGAGGAGAAGAGUGGAAGUGGGGAAAAACCCACAAGCAAUGUUCUUGUUGUAGAUUCAACUGCCAAAUUACUGGUACCGAAGAAUCAAGAUAGUGAUAUAAAUAUGACCGAAAUAGAGAAGAAGAGUGAAAGUGGGGAAAAGAGUGCAAGUGGAAAAAAGAAGGGGAAGAAAAAAAAGCUAAAUAAACCGGCAAGUAAUGUUAUUGAUGUAGAGUCAACUGCAGAAGUACUUGUGCCAGAGUAUCAUGAGAUUCAUGAUGUUCUUGUUAAACCCACAAGCAAUGUUCUUGAUGUAGAUUCAACUGCCAAAUUACUGGUACCGAAGAAUCAAGAUAGUGAUAUAAAUAUGACCGAAAUAGAGAAGAAGAGUGAAAGUGGGGAAAAGAGUGCAAGUGGAAAAAAGAAGAAGGGGAAGAAAAAAAAGCUAAAUAAACCGGCAAGUAAUGUUAUUGAUGUAGAGUCAACUGCAGAAGUACUUGUGCCAGAGCAUCAUGAGAUUCAUGAUGUUCUUGUUAAACCCACAAGCAAUGUUCUUGAUGUAGAUUCAACUGCCAAAUUACCGGUACCAAAGAAUCAAGAGAGUGAUAUAAAUAUGACCGAAAUAGAGAAGAGUGAAAGUGGGGAAAAGAGUGCAAGUGGAAAAAAGAAGAAGUGGACUACAAAAAAGCUAAAUAAACUGGCAAGUAAUGUUAUUGAUGUAGAGUCAACUGCUGAAGUACUUGCGCCAGAGCAUCAUGAGAGAGAUAUCAGUUCACACAACAAUCUUGAACAAAAGACUGCAAAUGGACGAAAGAGGAAGAGAGGAGAAAACAUUGAACCCACAAGUGAUGAUCAGCAUGUAGAGUUAACUGAACAACUGCUGCCACCUGAUAACCAAGAGAAGAAAAAGAAAAAGAAGAUAAGUAAGGUAAAGAAGGCAGCAAACAAUAACAUAGAUAAUGUUAAGACUGCAACACAAGACUCAUUAUCUUUUGCAAGAGAAGAGACUGAAGUUCUGGGUGCAGGAUCUGUAAAGUUGUGUCCUGAGGAUGUGAAUGUUGUUUCUGUUCAAACAGAGCACACUGCUACUGUUAAGGCUACCACAACAACUUGUGAAAAUUAUGAAAAUGGGUCGUGUUUAGCUUUCCCUGAGAAGAAUUCAGUUGAAAGUUGCAGUGUGGGGACCCAUCUUCCAUCCAGUGCAGAGGUUACCGUGCAUGAUGUCACUCCUUUGAAGAGGAAACUGCUCAUCCUUGAUUUGAAUGGCCUACUUGCAGAUAUAGUCAAUCCACGACCAAAAGACUGUAAAGCUGAUGCAAGCUUUUUAGGACGAGCAAUAUUCAAGAGACCCUUCUGUGAUGAUUUUCUGAAUUUUUGCUUUGAGAGAUUCAAUGUGGCAAUCUGGUCUUCUAGAUCCAAGAAAAUUAUUGUUCCAGUGGUGAAAUAUUUAUUGGGAGAUCUGAGGCACAGUUUGGCAUUUUGCUGGGAUAUGUCUCAUUGUACCGUGACCAGAUUCAAGACUCUUGAAAACAAGCAUAAACCCUUGGUUUGUAAGGAUUUAAGGAAAAUAUGGGAAAAGCGUUACCCUGGUUCUCCUUGGGAUAAAGGGGACUUUGAUGAGUCAAACACAUUGUUAUUGGAUGAUUCUCCAUACAAGGCCCUUCUUAAUCCUGUUCACACCACAAUCUUUCCUUAUUCCUACAACUUCGGGCUUAAAGAUGAUAACUCAUUAGGUCCUGGAGGUGACCUUCGCGUUUACUUGGAAAACUUGGCAGAUGCUGAACAUGUACAGAAAUAUGUUGAGGAGCAUCCAUUUGGGCAACCGGCAAUUAAUGAAAAAAGCGCUAAUUGGGGCUUCUACUCCAGAGUUAUUCAGAGCCUCCAUCCUCAGGUUAAACAGCUCUAAUUGGGGCUUCUCCUCUAGAGUUAUUAAGAGGAUUCGUGAUCGGGAAAACUGUGGUGAUUCCGUUUAAUCUACUCUGCUCUAGCAAGGGACUGCAGAUGCAUCAUGGGAAUACCAUGAUUCAACUAAUGCAGUGAUUACUAAAAAGAAUCAGAAUGUUGUUGCAUGCCAACUUGACCUCAUUUUUUUGGUUGAUUCGGUGGCCUUACUAUCCCUCGAAGAACUCGGAACAACACCAAGGAUGAGUUGAUUCAUUUUCACCUUUAUUUCUUGAAAUUUUGUAAUUCAUUGUUGUGAACAGCUUACCACACAGGCAUCCUGAUAUAGUGAUACCCCCUAAAGAGACUUCUUUUUUGGGUAACUUUAGGCUAUACAAAUUGCACCAUUUUAGCUCAGGUUCUGAUUUUUAGAAAUGAAUUGCUCUGAUUUUUUAAUGUUUAUUGUUAUUAUUGAAUGCAAUAACUUCUUUUACAGUUAUUUUUGA